ACUCGUCGUUAAUAUAAGGUCGACACUCGCCACCCCAAACGGAGUUUGUAUUCGGUCGGCUACUUGAACCAAGGCGACCUACCAGGACCGAACUCGAUACAUCAUGUUCCGUCGACUCCCUUCCGUGUCCCGACGGACCACCAUCGCCACCGUCGCUCUGACGAGUACGGCUUUGAGCACCUACUACCUCACCAAACCCAUCGCCGCCGAGGCCGAUCCUUCCGUCUCGAUCAAGCGAAGACCGGGACCGUUAUGGUCCGCUCCCUCGAGGGAAAAGAUGCUCGAGCACUUGAGGUCGUCCGGUCGAUCGCUCGUCGCCCCGGCGCCUCCUAGCGACUUAUCCAUUAGCGAGGCCCCCACUGGGGUCCAGGCCAACCCGACCGCGUUGACCGCCGAAAAGGGCAAGGACGACACCGACAUUUUCGACCUCUUGAUCGUGGGUGGUGGAGCUACCGGUGCCGGUGUCGCUCUUGAUGCUGCCAGUCGAGGACUCAAGGUCGCCUGUGUAGAGCGAGAGGAUUUCAGUUCAGGAACUUCAUCGAAAUCGACCAAGUUGGUUCACGGAGGUGUACGAUACCUCCAAAAGGCCAUCUUUGAGCUCGACUAUGAGCAGUGGAAGUUGGUCAAGGAGGCUCUGAGGGAGAGGAAGAUCUUCCUCACCACCGCUCCUCACCUCUCCCACAUGCUUCCCCUCUUGUUGCCCAUCUACACUUGGUGGCAAUUGCCCUACUACUACGCCGGAUGCAAGCUGUACGAUUUCCUGGCCGGUAAGGAGAACAUGGAGUCGGCCUACUGGAUGGGUCGAGGAAAGGCUUUGGAAGCUUUCCCCAUGCUCAAGGAUGAUGGACUCGUCGGAGGUGUCGUAUACUACGAUGGUCAACACAACGACUCUCGUAUGAACAUGUCUUUGGUCAUGACUGCCGUUCAGCACGGUGCCGUCGCUGCCAACUACACCGAGGUCGUCGCGCUUCACAAGAAGCCCUCGGCCGCUCACGGCGGACAGCCUCGAAUCUGCGGUGCCAGGCUCAAGGACCGCAUGACCGGUGACGAGUGGGACGUCGAGUGCAAGGGUGUCAUCAACGCCACCGGACCCUUCUCGGACGGUCUGCGAAAGCUCGACGAGCCUACCGUCAAGGAGAUUGUCGCCCCCAGCUCUGGUGUACACAUCACCUUGCCCAACUAUUACGGACCCAAGGGUAUGGGUCUCUUGGACCCUGCCACUUCGGACGGACGUGUCAUUUUCUUCUUGCCCUGGCAAGGAAACGUCAUUGCCGGUACCACCGACUCGCCCACCGACGUGGCUCAGCACCCCGUUCCCAAGGAGGAGGAGAUCCAGUGGAUCCUGGACGAGGUCAGGAGGUACUUGUCGCCCGACAUCAAGGUCAGGCGAGGAGACGUCUUGUCCGCCUGGUCAGGUAUCCGACCUCUUGUCCGAGAUCCCGAUGCCAAGGAUACUCAGGGAUUGGUGCGAAACCACAUGAUCAAUGUUUCGGAUGGAGGUUUGUUGACCAUUGCCGGAGGAAAGUGGACCACUUACCGAGCUAUGGCCGAGGAGACCGUCGACCACGCCAUCAAGGAGUACAGCCUGAAGCCCGAGGGACCUUGUCUCACCGAGCACAUCAAGUUGAUUGGAGCCCACGCCUGGACCCCGACCAUGUUCAUCAAGCUGAUCCAGCAGUUCGGUCUCGACACCGAGGUCGCCAAGCACUUGUCGAUGACUUAUGGUGACCGAGCCUGGACCGUCGCUUCGAUGGCCACCGCAACCGGUCAGAGCUGGCCCAUGCACGGUGUCCGACUGUCCAACCUCUACCCUUACAUCGAGGCCGAGGCGCGAUACGCAUGCCGAGCCGAGUACGCCGUUCACGCGACCGACUUUAUCGCUCGUCGUACCCGAUUGUCGUUCUUGAACGUUCAGGCCACUUUGGACGCCCUUCCUCGGGUCAUCGAGAUCAUGGGUGCUGAACUCGGAUGGAACCAGAAGCGAAGGGAGGAUGAGUUUGCCGACACCUUGGUCUUCUUGGAGAGCAUGGGUCUGCCCGAGCAUCUGCGAGGCUUGAAGCUUACCGACGUCGAGAGCAAAGCCAUCCCCGCCAUCACUGGUGUCGGUGUCGGACCUCUGGACCAAACUCAGCUCUACAUGCGAGCUCAGUUCAACGCCGAGGAGGUCAAGGACCUGAAGGAGUCUUUCGAGAACCUCGACACUGACCACGACGGCCACAUCGACGAGCAUGAUCUUGUCAACGCCAUGAAGAAGAUGGGAUACGCCGAGAAGCCUGAGAUUGCGCAUGAAAUCAUGAACGAGGUCGACUUUGGCCGCAAGGGGAACAUCGAGUUCCACGACUUUUUGGAUAUCGCCGCUGGAAUGAAGGAGCUGCAUCUCGACAACGCAUUUACGCAUCUCGCUGGGAUGGACAACGUGUCUCACGAAAUGUCCAAGGAGGAAGCUAUCGGGAAAGCUGCAAAUGAUAGCAGCUUUGCGCGCUCACAGAGUCGAGCGAUACCGAUCAGCCGCACAGGCGGCGGUACAUAAGAUGAAUGUCUUUUCGACAGGCCUUUGUGGUUCUGUGAUGCUUC